AUUCCCACGACCCCCCACAACUUAUGUCAUGCAAUUCAUACUUUCACUUUGAGCUCGACAUAUUAUCAGCCUUCAGGUGGUAGCCUGAACCGGCUCGACUUGCUAUGGACAACCCUUGGGCCACAUCCUGGCAGCAGUCAGACGAUGAGUCAAACAAUCGAAAGAAACCCGUUCUGACACCAGCCUGGACUCAUACCGUUGGUAAUAAAACUCAGGAUCAAGAGGAAGAUAUAGGACUUCCAUCAUGGUCCGCAAGCAACAAUACCCAAUGGCCAGAAUCAUCUCACACUAACGACGCUCUCUGGACCUCUUCCAUCGAUGAUAGUGGCGCGUGGGGCUCUUCGACGUACGCAAAGAUAAACUUUUCUCGUCAAAGAAUAACAGAAGCGGUUGUUGAUUCAGAGACUCAAGAUGAAGCCGUAUGUCCCGUACCCGCAGCUGCCACAGCCAGCGAAGAAGACAACUAUUCCGUGGGGCCUCACCCAGUGCUACCAACAAUCGAUCUUACUCCCCGACUUCCAGACACUCCUGAUGUAGAUGGUGAUUUUGAAGCUGGCGCGUCUGUCAAGGAGGAAGAGGAGGAAACCGAGGAUGACAGUGAAGCAUGGGCAGACCCAAUAAACCUCUCAACAGAUGAUGGUGACGACUGGGGUACCGCCUGGGUGGAUACAUUUGCACCGGAGGUGUCUGUCAGCGCUGAAGAGCCACAGGAUGAAUGGGAAUCGGCGCGACAAGAGAAAGAGAAGCUGAACCGCGCAGUGCCUCCCGAAAUGAUGGCAGCUCUCAUUCAGAAGUGCCAGGAAGUCUCCGAUGAGCUCUGGCCAGGGACAGAGUCCGACUCGGAUGCUAGCAACUGGAGGACUGGCCUCGAUGGACUUGAGAACAUUACGGUUUUAUUAAACGACUUGGUCCCUGAUGACAUGACUGUGUCCCCUCCAAUGCAGUUCUCACAGACUGCUACUGCGAAAGCGGUAAAUGACGCGCUCAAGCUCACGAGGCAUAUGCCUUUGACACGUAAGAGCCCGAUGGCCCUUCUCCUUAGUUCCAAAGGGUCGACGGACUGGGAGAAAUCAGUCAAAGCUAGGAAAGAUAUUACUGUGGAUGAUGCUCCUGUGGGGUGGCGAAUCCUAGAGAAAGACGAGCGCGCUGCUAUUGCUGAUGCAACUCAUCCCAAGAAACCUGGUACAGGAUUACUCUCGUUCUGGAACCGCAAGGCAUCAUCAUCAAUACCUUCUGCAGAUGCAAAGGUAGAAAACGCGCGACCACCACCCGUAUCCUCGCGUUCUAGCGUCGAGAGCACGAAGCCCCAGGCGCCAGAGAAACGUGAUGCUUCCCCCGCUCGCACUCCAGCCGUCUUCAUGCCCUCAUCCCCAGAAGCUAGCUCAUCCGCAGCUCCUGAUAUCGUGAUUCCAGUGGUCACACCUGCGCCAUCAGCCGUUUCGCGCUUUCUGAACCGCUUCUCACGUGUCAAAGGCAUUGGAUCUGAGCGCAAGUCUAUGGCCCUGUCAACAGACGACCUUGAUUUCCUUUCCGAUAUUGUGCCUAGUGCACAUGACCCCAAUGACGACACGGACAAUGCCCAGCUGAAAGCGCUGUCGAGCUUGAUAAAUUCAAAUUCAACACCAUUGCCCACAAAACUUCCACCCCCACUCGCACCACCACCAAUCGCACCGCCACCAAAACCCCCAUCUGUGAACACCAGCCGACCUCCUUCUGUCGGUCUGAGUGGCUUGGGCAUUACGCUGGAGCCUGCGCGUGGUUCUCCACAGCAUACUUCGGCUCGUGCUCUAUUCCCGCCGCCACCGUUGUCCCCAGUGACAGGGAUGUCGUUCUCGCGUCCGCACAGCCCAGCGGUACCUCCAAAACCAUCUUCACCGAUUAAUGCGACUUUUCCUGCUUACACCAACUCAAUAAUACCACCUGCAAUACCCUCGCCACCUCAACCAUCCUCAAGAACGCACUCACCCUUUCAACUCCCGCCGCCACCAAAGGCGCCUUCUGCACUCUCGAUACCACCACUCCUGCCACCCCCUGUUUCACCCCCGCAAACCCCACGGCCCAGCAUGCAUCCCGUACUGGGGGCCACUUCUUUCGCAUCAUCCCCGAACACCAGCUGGGCAGCAGCCACAUAUCAGGACGAUGACGAUGACGACUCAUUCUCUGCUUUCUCAACCCUCCCUCGCGCAGAUCCCUUCCCAGCACCACGCGAGUCCAUGGAUUCAUCUCUCAAUUCACCAUCCUCCACACAAGCACUGCACUCCGCCAAGUCAUCGAAGUCAAUGUCUUUCGACGACUUUGACGACUUUGUGACUUCAUCGCGGAUCCGCACGCCAUCCCCACCGCCUGUCCCAGCAAAGCCCUCAAAGGUGGUUGGAGCAGCAGCAGCAAUGCCAAGCUCGCAGUUUGGCACAUCCAUACACAUACGCACGCAGAGUCUGCUUGAUCAUGCUGCCACACAACGCGGGCAGUGGCCGUCCCCACUGAAUGCGCAUCCCAGGCUCCCCAUGCUGCCACCACCGUCUGCUUCUCCCUCAUUUGGUCGGGAUAUGGAUCUGCUGAGUGACGGCGGCGCGGCGCCAAAGUCUGGGUCUCCGCCACCGAAGGUGCUGUCUACGAUGGUGCCUCAGUUGUCGCCGUCUCCGCUGCCUGCGCCGUUGCCCCAGCCGUUGUUGUCACUUGCAUCGUUGUCACCGUCGUCACGAGCCGAGAGACCGCCUGCAAAACCGGUCCAGACGGGUGGGUUGACUGCACAAGAUUUGUCCUUCUUUGAAGGGUUGUGAGUGGUGAGACUGAAGUAUCAGCAUUGGUUUUGAAUUUAUCGCGGUGCAUUAUGUAUUAACGAUUAACGAAAUUUUGAAAUUUUUGAUGUGUAUGAACAAAGUUAAUUCUUCCAUUGUCAGUAGCCUUACUAC